UAGCUUGUAUUAGUAGACACAGACAAAAUAGCUCAAAAUCAAAUCCAGAAAUUUAGGAAGCGCGGAGAAAUUUAAAAGCGCAAAUAUUUUUCGUCUGUAACAGACUCCACAAAACCUCCCAAGCUUCCCCUCUCUCUAUAUAACAACUCGUAACCGCUUUUUUUCUUGCUUCUUCCAUCUUCUCUUCUUCUUCACAAAUCACAACAAUGGCGACUAUCUCGUUCUCGUGCGCUUGUUUCAGAGCCAUCUUUCUCGGUGCUCUCAUCCUCUCCCUCACUCAUCCUUCCGCCGGAGUUCCUUUGGAAGAAUUGGAAAGAGCCAUCACAGUCCUCCGCAUCAGAGGCCGAGCUCUCUUCGCCAACGCCAUCAUCACCUCCGAUCUGCUCUUCGAUUUACUCUCCGUCGAGUCUCUCACACUCUUCGCUCCCACCGAUUCCAUGCUCUUUGAUCUCGACAUGACUCAUUCUUUCUCCUUCUACGUUUCUACCCUCCGCCUCCACUCCGUACCUCUCCGCCUCCCGUUCUCCGAUCUCCGAUCCCUCCCCAACGCCUCCUCUCUCCCGACGAUCCUUCCCUCUCACCACCUCCUCCUCACUAAGCCUUCUUCCUCCAACGACUCCAUUUUUAUCGACGGUGUCCACCUCCUCCUCCCUGGUUUGUUCUAUGGCCAACAUCUCGCCGUCCACGGUCUCGCCGAUCUUCUUUCACUCAAGGCCCUUCCGUCUCCCGAACUUUUCGUUGCUUUGCCUCCCGUGGUGGAUUCGCCGGCAGAGUCGCCGUGGAUUGUAGGUUCAAGAUUUUCACCGGCACCAGAGCCUUACUUCGCCUUUCUGGGUCGCACUCCAGCAGAGUCGCCGAGAGUUGAAGAAGUUUCGCCAUCGCCGUGGAGAGAAGACAUGAUCGUUGGCGAUGAAGGAGGUCCGUUAGAUAUGACGAGUAACCACUUUUGAUGGACACGUGUCGUAAUCGUUGAGAUUUAGCGGUAGACGAUUUCUUUCUUUUACAAAGAGACCCAAGAGUCCUACGAUUUCUUGUAAAGAGACCCAAGAGUUCUACGAUUUCUUGUAUAGACCCAAAGAGUCCUUUUCUUAUUUUUUGACAUCAAAAACCUUUUCUUUUG